AUGGAAAAACUCUCUCAACUUCAGGUCAGCCAUCGGCACAAUCAUUCCCCAAUCCGACCGACCCGUCAUCACUCAUCAAGGCAGCUCAUACCGCGACCAGAAAUCCAAGCAGGCGCAACUAGCCCAAAUCGUGAAAAUAAUGAUAUACACUCAGUUCCGCUUGGUCUGAAGCCAUCGGCUGCGAGUCCAAUCACACCAGUCUCGACUGAGGAAGCCCACCCGGUUCUGUCCCCACCGCCAGUCGCGCCUCUACCAAUUCCAAUCAUCCCACCUGCGCCCCGAGAAAGCUCGCCGAUCCCUUCCCCGCCGUUGGUCGCUGCUCUACCGGUGACACCGCCGCUACCCACUGUAUCUGUCCUACCCCAUUCUGUUACACCUACCCCGGCCGUCCAGAUUGCCAGUGCAUCCCCGGCUCCGACGACCUUAGCAAUUGCUUCCAAACCUAGUCCUCCUCUACCGUCCUGUUCUGCUGGCGUGAACUGCUCACCCACCGUAGUAAACGUCUUAUCACCCGCACCUCACCAGACACAAGGCCCACAUCGAUUGUCCGCAAACUCCAAUUCCAGCUCAGGUGUGAUCUUCUUCUCUUGCGUGGCUGGCAUCAUUGUUCUCUGUGUACUAGGUGCUAUCCUCAGUUGCGCAUUGAGAAGAUGGCGAAAUAAAAGACAACAAAGGAGCGAUGAUCGAGAUGCUUGGCAGUUCCUGGAGAACUCCAAGGACUUUCCUGAUCUUUCGCAUGAAAACAAAGACGAGUUUUCAGUGAAAAGCUCUCACUUUGGAAAUGAUUCUGAAUCUCAGUCCAACCCGACAAAUUUCUAUCCCACCCUGGGAUUCACAUCACACGUCCAACAACAAAAUCAGCAGGCAUUAGCUCGAUGUCACUUUGCCGACUUUCAGACACAGCCACCCCAACAUAUCAACAGUUUCGUCGACGAGCAAGGCAUGAACAAUUUUAUUGAUGAGCAAAACAUGGGCUGGGUGGCCGCUCCAGUUCCCGUCUCAUCACAAUACCAUGGUGUUCUGUUAGCACCGUAUGGGCCUAAUCCAGAGGCAGUCGAAGCUUAUCAGAUAUCAGGAUGUGCCAUUCCUGAACCAGUUUUUCGAAAAACUUCAAUUGCAGGAAAUUUUGGUAAUCGAUCAACCAUGUAUACCCUCCCGUCUCAAGCGCUUCACUCAACAUGUACUCGUCCAGCUUCAGUUGUCACUCGGUCCAAUACGACGGCCUCUAACCAAGAAACCAAAUUAGAAUCAUUGGUACGCGGGACUAGCCUCGCAUGUUCCGAACAACAGUCCACGGUUAUUGAAGGGCCCCCACAAGGAAUGAUUGACCAAAGUGCUAAUCUUCGCGCUACACUGAGAGAUGCCAUUCAUAGGAAGAAGGACUCGGAUGAAGAACUAUUAGAUUCACUUAUGCUUCUGUGGCACGACAGGAAUUCCGAAGCCCCCACAGGCCCCGCCAGACUUCAAACCCCAGAGAUUUCUCCUCCAGACCAUAUCGAGACAGCGAAGACAUGA